GGUGAAUGGAGGUCACCGCAGACAGUGUGUGAGUCUCAGCGGUGAGACAGAAAGGGGGAGAGGGAGGACGGACAGCGGCCAGCCGCCUUCAAAAAUGGCGUCUCCGGAGGAAAAUGAGUAAAAAAUAUUAAAACGCGGCCUAGUUUCUUUACACUUCCUCGCUCGGUUUCUUUUGCUUUUUCACGCUCUGGUUGCUUUUCUCCGGUGUGAGUAAACUCGUCGUCGCUUUUACUUGAAUGGCCAAAGAGCUGAAAAAAAGGGGAGCGAGCAUUUGGGGAAAUAAAAGCAGCCCUGUUUUAUUUUGAUGCGUCGUUACUGACAGCUAGCAUCUGCUGCUAACCCACAGCUCUGCUCCGGAGGGGGGUGGGAACGACUUUGCAUGCAAAGGAAAAAAAAAAGAUUUUCAAACUGGGGAUUUCUUUGCUCGUCUUUGGGGAAUGGAUUGAUACCAACGUGGCCGGUCAAUCGCAAUCUUUUCUGGUGCUAGCAUCGUAGCAAAACUAGCCUAAAGAAAGGGGAGGAGAGACGGCGAAAAAGGACGCAUUCAAAUCAAAUGUUUAUCAGCAGUUCGUCCAUCACCGGUGAAAUCGGCGGCAUCUUCAUCAUGACCGUAAAUGAUUUUGGAGUACAUCUGCAUUCGUGGAAAUGAUAAACGUGAGAGGCGUAGGAAAAGGAGAAAGACUGGGUUUUUUUGGAGGUGGUUGGAUUAUAACCCCGUAGACCCCCCUCUUUUUUCAUCCAGCUUUCUCCUCCUCCCCUCCAUUUCUCUUUCAAUAUGCUGUUUUCCACUCCUGAGGACUUGCUUAUGAAACCGGGGAAAAUAGCCUGAAACCGAGAACGGGAAAGACAAGAUUUUUUUUCCGUAUUCUGCUCUGCGACGUUCUCGUUGCUUUCGUCCUCAUCGCACACAUUGUACAGCACAUAAAUGGAUAGAAAUUACCCGGGAACAGGAUUCGGCGAUUUGGGCGCAGGAGCAGGAUGGAGUUACGAGAGAUCGGCAAAAGCAAGUCUUGUAUAUGGGAGUUCCAGAUCAUCCCACCCAGAGUCUGAGCUCCUUCACCGACAAGCCUACGCCACCCCACACCCUCUGCAGGGCUAUGCCACCAAUCACCACCCAGGGAGCUCUGGCCAAGGCGGGGCUUGGGGAGCAGCUGGACGGAGUUUGGGUCUGUCAGGGCUCUUUGACACUGGUUUGCAUCAUGCCAGCCCCUCUGCUCCCGAUGCCUCUGUCAUGAAUCUGAUUUCAGCCUUGGAGUCCCGGGGUCCCCAGCCUCCACCCUCUGCCUCAUCCCUACUUUCACAGUUCCGCACACCAUCCUGGCAGACAGCGAUGCACACGCCUGCUCCUCCUGAACUAUUCAUCUCUGGAGCCCUUCCUGGCUCUGGCUCUUUUCCCUCCUCCUCAGCUCUGUCAGCCUAUCAGCACCCAGCAUCCUUCUCCAGCCGCUCUUUCCCUGCUGCCUCCCUUUCCCUCCAGGACACACCCACGUUUAGUCCCACGUCCAAUGGUCUGCUCUCCCCACAUGACCCCCUCCUACACAUCAAGGCUCCUUCCCAGUCCAGCCUGGGUUUUGACAGACUCCUAUCCUCGCAGGGUGCUGCUGCAGCUGCCUAUAGGGGCAGCCAAGAUCCCACGGGUGCCACAUCCGCCCAGGCGUCUUCUGCCAGGCACCUGCAGUCACACCAGUUCAACUUGCUGUCAUCACAGCUCCAGGACCAGUCCUCCCAGCUGUACAAUGCAUCAGUGUUUUCCUCAGCCCAGCCUCAGCCUCAGUCACAGUCUCAGUCCAACUCUGCUCAGGAGCGGGCUGUACCCCGGCAGGACAGUGUCAUCAAGCACUACCAGCGGCCCACGCCUGCUCAGUCGCAGCUCUCAUCCUCUGCUGCCCACUCCCUCCAGCACUACCUCAGCUGUGGAGGGGCAGGGUACCAGCAGAUAGCCACCCACCACAGGCACGCUGGCCUUUCUUGCAGCCCAUUGGGUGACCAGAGCCCCACUGACCACAAGCCCACCUCUCGCACUGAGCAAUAUAGACCAAUCAUUCAGCCUCCCUAUUCCUCCUCCUCUUCUUCAUCUUCAUCCUCGGCUGGGAAAGGUACCAAAAGCAGUUCCAGUAGUGGCUAUUCAUCAGCCAGCUCAGCAUCAUCCUCAAGAACUCCUCACACACCCCCUUCUGCUCCCACUUCCUCCUCCUCAUCCUCUUCUUCUGCCACUUCUGGGGCUCAUCCCUCCAACUCAAUCCCAACCUCAAGCUCCAGUGCAGCCCCUUCGAGACAACAGCCACCCCCUCAGCCAGCUCCACCCCCUCCAACCCCGCAGCAGCAGCCACCUCCAACCUCCACCUCAACCCCACAGUCUCUUCCCAAAUCCUGUCUCUCAGGAUACGGGUCUCCCGUGCCCCCAGUGAAAACUCCCACCUCUGCUCUAACUGGUCAAACCCCACCGCAACAGCAGACCCAGUCAUAUUCCCCCAGUCAGCCUCCAACUUCACAUCUGGCUCAGUCUUAUGGAGGCUUCAGUUCCCCACAAGCCCAAGACCUGAGCUCAGGUACCGGUGGGAAGGGCUAUGGGAGUUUAGGAGGGAGAAGCCAGUCAUACUCUACUGACAUGUAUGGAACUGACUCUGCUUAUGGAUCACUUCCAUCUUCUCUGGGUGGUGCUGGUAGCCCUUCACUUGGCUAUGGAGCCCCAGGUCAUUCUCCUGCUCUUUUAAGGUCAAGUGGCUCAUCAGGUAGUGGCGCAUCAGGAGGAGGAGGAGGCAGCAGUGGCACUGGAAGUGGAAACUCUGGUUCAGGAGGAGGAGCAGGGAAUAGCAUGGCAAAUGAGAGAGGUGGGGGAGGUAGUGGCGGAGGUUCUUACCAUAUUCCAGACUCUAGCCCCUCCCCUUCUGGCAACUCAGGUAUUAUCCGACCAGGGUUGCACUCACCUGUGCCCGCCUGCCCUACACAGUCUCCUGGAGGGGCAGGCUCGAACAAAUAUAUAUCUUCAGUUCUCUCCCCCACUUUCUUAGCCUCUCCACAGGGUUAUCCUGACACCAGAGGUCCCAGCUCCCAGCCACAGUCCUAUCAUUCCACGUCCUCUAAAACAAAGGCUGACACUUCCAUGCUUGGAGUUGGAUCUCAGAGAUCCCAAGAGGAAGUAGAUGAUGAUGAUGAGUUUUUGAUCCAGCACCUGCUGCAAGCUCAAGCAAGUCCUGCUCCUCAGGCUGCUCAUCACCAUCCUCAGCAGCAACCCCAACAGACAUCCCAACAGACACAACCUCAGCCUCAGUCAGUUCCCCCCACCACUGACUCUGGCAAAGGGCUGAGUUAUGACAUGAGUAAAACCUCUGAGGAGAGAUACCAUCCUCAGAGUGUCAUACGCACUCACAGUGCCACAUCUAGUGCUGGAGUUGGUAAUACAGGGUCUGCAGGGUCCAUCUCAGGGCUGGACAACCAGUUAGAGAUGUCAUUAAAAAAGCAACAGCAUCAACAACACCAUCAUCCACAGCAACAACAGCAGCAAAGGAAUGAGAGAUCUGUUGGCAGCAGCAGGAGCAGCGGAGGGAGAGGCAGUACUGAACAAGUGCACUCCCACCUCCAUCACCAUGACAACCUAGGCUCAGUAGUCCAUUAUGGGCGGGGUGAUCCAUACUCCCAGCACUCCCUAGCUCCACAACACACCUCACAUUCUCAGCAUGUGCCCUCACACUCACAGAUACCUUCUCACACCCAAAUGGAGCUCCAAAAGAAACCACAGGAGCGUGCUGAAAUCCCCUAUCCUCGGAAAACACCUGAAGUCCAGCAACAGCAUUCUCAGUCUCAAGCUGCUUCUCUCAUGGAUUCCCCCACUGAUCAGUCCCGCCAGCCACCGCACCUGCUUCAGUCAGUGCUGUCCCACACCACCCGCAACAAACUUGAACCCCAUCGACAGCACCAACAGCAUCACAAAAUGGACUCCCACCAGCCACAUCAGCAGCACACAAAACUGGACUCCCACCCUCAGCAUCAGCAGCACCAGAAGAUGGAAUCCCAUCAGCAUCAGCAGCACCACAAAAUUGACUCUCACACACAACAUCAGCAGCACCAUAAAAUGGACUCCCAUCCCCAACAACAGCAGCACUCUAUUAGCCAACAACAAGCUGUAAUGGAAAGUGCUGGUGGGAGACUUGGCUCAAGCAAACAUCAAACUCAGUCUCAGUCCCAAACCACUCAGCUCCAGCUCCAACUCCAGUCCCAGGCUUUGGAGGUGGCAGCAGCUCACUAUAACCACGGCCCCCCUCCGCAUCAGCACGAGCAGAGCCAGGUGAAACAGAGCUCAGUGGUGUCUUCUUUAGACAUGCUGGAACGUUCCCUUUCUCAGACCUCUAGCACUGACGUGGCUGUCGCAGAGGACAGACGUGGAGGAGGCAGUGGCGGAAGGAGUGGAGGCAGCAGCGAGCGUCACAGACAACAGGAGCAGCAGCAGAGACAACACCCAUCCCACCAUCAGCCACAGCAGACCCAUCACUCACAGCAGCACUCUGCCUCUGAACUUCACUCUUUCCUUUCUGAGCCUGACAUUGGCUUAUCAACUCCCUCUCACAUGCACCAUCUUUCACAGCACCACCCGCAGCCACAGCAACAACCACAGCAUCCCAGUUCUCAGCACCAACAAACUCACUCUCACCAUUCUCACACACAGCCACACCCUCAGCCACAGCCCCCGCAUCCUCACCACAUACCCCCACCCUCUGCCUCAGCCCACUCCCAACCUGACCCUCAGCAGCCGCUCACAUCUCAGCUCACCCCACAGCAGAGCCAACUAGACCAACAACGUUCAGAGCAGCAUCAGUUUGAUACAGUCAGUCCAGUGGAGAAAGCAGACCAGAACCAACAAAGUAACCGCUUUGUGCCACUAACAUCGAUCUGCUUCCCAGAUUCCCUUCUUCAGGAUGAGGACCGUUCCUUUUUUCCAGGAAUGGAAGACAUGUUUUGUGCAGAUGACUAUAAGUCAAGCUGUGCCGGAGGUGCAGGACCAGGGCAGGAGGAGAUGAAUGAAAGUCACACAGGUCAAGAGGGAAUGGAUUCUAUGAAAGCUGGCCAGAGUGGAGGUGGAGCAGGGGCAAGUAGCGGCACAAGCUAUGACAUAAUGGGUCACCAUGGAGAUCAGGGUUAUGAACCUUACUGCCAUGGUCUGGAAGAGCCUAGCAACAACACCAUGACUUUAGAUUUAGACUCCCUUAAAACUCAUGAGCUCCCAUCCACUGUCAAUACUGAACAGCUUGGUUUGAUUCAGUCUCAGGCGCCAGCAAUGGGUAUGGGCUCAAAUAGUGCUGGACCUAACAACUCUGGAGCUAAACUGACCCCUGGGCCUGGAGGAACUAGCACAGGAGCUGGGUCUGGGGGCCUACAGUCUCCCAUUUUCUGUUCAUCUCGUCCCAAGAAGCUCCUCAAGUCAAGUUCUUUCCACCUGUUGAAGGAGCGUCGUGACCCUAACACACUGCCCAAAAAAAGUUAUGCUCAAGAAUACGAGUUUGAAGAUGAUGAGGAUAAAGCUGAUCAGCCAGCUGACAUUCGGUUAAACAGUCGGAGGCUCCCGGACCUACUGCCAGACUUGGUAUCGAGCUGCAGAAAGGGAGGAGGAAGUGGGUCCUUAAGCCCCUUAAUGGGGGACAUUGAUUUCUAUCAUUCAUCUGGAUACUCAUCUAUGGGUUCUCACUCUCUCAUGCCUCAAGAUACCCCCAAGAAGAGGGGCCGAAAGCCAACUAGACCCAAGAGAGAGGGUCCCCCAAGGCCAAGAGGCAGGCCCCGCAUCCGCCCUAUGCCUGAGCCCUACACACCACGAGGGAUGAUGGGAGACAUGGGUGGAACAGUAGGAGCAGGAAGUGGAUUCAAUGUGGAGGGGCGAGGCAGAGGAAGGGGUCGUGGAAGCAGAGGGAGAGGUGGGAGGAGGGAGGAUAUGUACAUGGAAAUGAGCGGGAAGGAGCAAGAACAGAUGCACCAUCAUCACCUCCAUCAGCAGCAACAGCAGCUCCAUCACCAGCCCCAACAGCAGCAGCAUGAGCCUAUUCCACCUCUUAAGAUAAAAUUACCCAUCGGUACCCUGUCCUCAUCUGACGCCUUGCUGAGGACAGACUCUUUGUCAGGGACAGACCCUGCUUUGUCGGAUGGCUCAGUGGGCUCAGCCCCCUCUCUUGGUUUAAGUCCUGGACCCCCCUGCAGCACAGAAAGCACCAGAAGUCAAGACAAGAAUAAGUCAAAAAGCCAAAUGAUGAGUGAAGGAGUGGAUGACGAGGGCCUGGAAGAAAGGGGGGAUGAGAAGGACUGUGAGUCCAAAGCAGGAUUUGUUGCAUCAUUCUUGGACUUCCUUAAGACAGGAAAGAGACCUCCAGGCUUGGAUAUCUCACCGGGAAUGGAACAUGACAACGGUGAAACUUCUCCCUGUAAAUCUGGGGGUCUACGUCCACUGUCUCCUGCCCCUCCUCCCCCACCACCACCAGCUCCAUUUGGGGAUGGUGAAGGUAAUGGGGGCCUGGCACUAGGCAGUUGCCCCAGUCCUAAACGUUUAGAAGAUGAGCUGAAGAGGAACCUGGAGACCUUGCCUUCAUUCUCCUCUGAUGAGGAGGACUCGGUCGGAAAGAACCAGGACCUGCAAAAGAGCAUCUCCUCUGCUAUCUCUGCUCUGUAUGACACUCCUCAGCUGACCUCUAACCUCCAGCCCCCACUGCCUCCUCCACCUCCACAACCUCAGCCACAGCCUCCACAGGCCCCUCUGACGCCCACCCUGCCACCUCCAACACUUAGCCCACAGCACCCCCUGCAUACCCCCCAUACCCAGCCUCAGUCCAAUGAGCCAGAUGUCCUGCAACAAGAAGAUGGAGACAUGGAUGAGAACAGAGAGGAGGAUAAUGAGGAGGAGGAGGAGGAGAGGAGCACAGGAGGGGAUGGCGAAAGCGAUAUGACAGAGGAGAGAGAACCACAGCUGGAAACUCUAGGAGCCCCUAAGCUUGAAACAUCCCUUCCUGAAAUGCCCCCAGCACCACCAACUCCUGAACCCCCCUCUGCCCCUCCUUCUCCAGCAUCAUCCUCGUCACCCUGUCACUCCCCCCUCCCUCCUCUCUCUCUCCCCUCACCUCCUCCUCCCCCAGAGCAACAGCAGGAGAACUCCCAGCCUCCAAGCCCCGUUGCUCCCACGCCCCCCUCACCACCGCCACCCCCUCCUGCCACCCUACCUCCACCUUCCACUCCUCCACCUCCUCCUCAGACCUCUUCUCCUCCCCCUUCCACAACACAAAAAGACUCUCCCAUGCCUUCACCGGAGUCUCCUGCCUCUCCUGAAGAGCGCCCAGCUCCUAAGAUCACCUCCCUGCACCUGGCACAGAAACAGGAAGACGCUGCCAUCGUUGGAGAGAGUGAGGAGGACGAGAGUGAGAGUGGAGGGGAGGGCAUCUUCAGAGAAAGGGAUGAGUUUGUGGUGCGAGUGGAAGACAUUCGAACUCUUAAGCUGGCCCUGCAGACAGGCCGUGAGCCUCCUCCCAUCUGGAGGGUGCAGAAAGCCCUGCUGCAGAAGUUCAGCCCAGAGAUCAAAGAUGGCCAAAGGCAGUUCUGCGCCACAAGCAAUUAUCUUGGCUACUUUGGAGAUGCAAAGAAGCGUUACCAGAGAAUCUAUGUCAAGUUUUUGGAGAAUGUCAACAAGAAGGACUACGUCAGAGUCUGCUCCCGAAGACCUUGGCGCAGAGCCACACCUGCUCUCAGACGCCAAAGCCUCCCCAGAAUGGCCUCCCCCCCUACUACACAGGUACCAUCAAGGGUACCAGAGAAAGAGGAAAGAGUGGCUCCACCCAUCCAGGCUGAACAGAGGGAGAAGACUAAAACGACAACAACAACAACGACGAAAGAACCACGGGAGAAAAAAGAAGCCCCAGCCACAGUGCCCAAAGCCAGGGAGAAAGUGAAAGACAGGGAGACCGAGAAGGAGAAGGAGAGGGAGAAAGAAAAGGAGAAACGAGUUCAGGUGCAGCAGGAGAAAGUGGACAAACGUACAGCAGAAAGAGGGAGGGAAAAAGAGGGAAGGAAAGCAGUGGAGAGGAAGGAAAAGGAAAAGCCUGAACGCCCACCCAAGUCCAAGAUGGCCAAAGUCAAGGCAGAGCCACCGCCAAAGAAGAGGAAGAAGUGGCUAAAAGAAGUACCCUCAUCAUCUGACUCGGACUCAUCGGACGAGGCCGCCAGUGAGAAUGAAAUGCCAGUGAAAGGCGGAGUGAAUAACCGUGCCAUGAGGGAGAUGUUCAGGAGCUAUGUGGAGAUGCUGGUCAGCACAGCCCUGGACCCAGACAUGAUCCAAGCUCUUGAGGACACUGACGAUGAGUUGUACCUCCCCCCAAUGAGGAAGAUUGACAGCAUCCUCAGCGAACAGAAGCGGAGGUUAUUAAGGAGAGUCAGCAUGAGCUCUCAGCACCAGGAGGUCCUGCAUGCCUACCCUCAGAUCAUUGUAGACCCUCUGGACUCAGGAGUGGUGAGGGUGCGGCUAAGCGGGGAUGCUUACAACCGCAAGACCCUCAACAGAGUCAAAAAGACCCUGCCUAAACCACAGGACCUUAAACUCUCAUCCGACUCAUAUCGGAUCUACAGUCUCUACCACUCCCUGCAUCACUAUAAAUACCACACCUUCUUACAGUGCAAGAAAGAGACCAACACAAUUGAGCAGGCGGCUGAGGACCCAGGCCAAGAGGAAGUGGUGCAGCAGUGUAUGGCCAACCAGAGCUGGCUGGACACCCUCUUCAGCUCCUUCAUUGAGCUGCUCACACUCAGCACCAAAGCCUGAGUUGGCUGCACAGAGAAACGGAGAGAUGGAAUAAAUUAAAGCAAGAGUAUUAAAAAACAAAACUAACACGGACAGAGAUGGAUCCUAUUGUACAGCCCCCGACCCUCUUCAAGUCUCUAAGAUCUGAGGAUGAAAUUUUUUAAGGCCCUUGAUGAACGCAAGGGGGUCUGUUCAUGUGACCUCAGACACUGGCCUCUGCUCUGUUUUUUUUUUUUUUCUCCUUUUUUUUCCUGUUGUUGAUCAAUGACUUAAGAAAUGUCUUACUCUGUGAAAAGGGGGACCUCACAGGAUCAGGGGUCACUGGCAGGUCAAGGAUGAGUUGGCCGGCAAUGAGAUGUGAGUUUGAAGGACAAAGAGGAGGAGCUGUUAACGGCAAAGUCAACGGAGGAGCCACUGACAUCUUGUUAACUGUGUGUCAUACAGACAGUAGUUCAAAGAGAAACUAUUACCGCUUAGUUUUUACAUAAAUUAUUUUUUGAAAAGACUAACAUCAGCUGUUGGCUUUUGAAAAGAGUGGAAGAGGGUGAGAAUGCUUUUUAAACUGUGUGUAAAGUGUGCUGUGAGCAGCGUGAACAUGGACUCCACAGAUAGAAACAUGAAAUGUGUUAAGAAACCCUCUCUCUCAUCCUGUGCUAUGUGAAGGGCAGCACCAGUCAGCUGUGUGAUAAUAUAUAAACACAUUUUUAUUAUUUAUAUGAGGAGGUUUUUAACUUAAACUCUCACAAGCGCUGGGGAGCUGCCCUAACAUUUUAAAUACUUUUUGAUUUCCACAGGUUCAGUAUACAAUCGUAACCCACAUAUCCAAGUUGUCUUCCCCUCUAUACAAAAGAACAGAAGUCGAGACAAAAAUAUUGUAUCAAAUACAGUGGGUGUAAAAAAAACAAACAAAAAAAACCAAAAAAAAUUUCAAAAACUAAUGAAAAAAUAAACAAAAAAAGAUGGAAGAAAAGGAAAAAAAGGAGAAUGGGAAAAUCUAUUUGAAACUUAACAUUGUUGUGCUUCAGUUCAAUCAUCAGUCAUGCAGGUGCAAAGAAAAAGAAGUGAACUAUCCAUUUCCCAUGUGGGAAGAAGGAGUAUAAAUAAGUAAUAUUUAAAGAGGAAAUAGUCAUUUCAUUUUUAUCAUUUUGAUGUUUGUGCAUACUAUGACUUAUUUUGAAAACAAUCUAAUUUUCCAUAAAAAAAGGAAAAAAAGGUGUGUAAAUAUUGUACAGUUCUUGAUGAAAUUCUUUGUCCUUCUGUACAUUAACUCUCCUGUAUUUGAGAAACAAAUAAAAUCCGCAAAGA